AUGGCGGCUCACAAACCAGUGGAGUGGGUUCAGGCCGUGAUUACUAGAUUUGAUGAGCAGCUUCCCAUUAAAGUUGUUCACCAGAACACCCACACCAAAGUCAGCACAGAGCACAACAAGGAAUGUCUGAUCAACAUCUCCAAGUACAAGUUCUCCCUCGUCAUCAGUGGCCUCACCACCAUCCUCAAAAAUGUCAACAACAUGCGGAUAUUUGGAGAAGCUUCUGAGAAGAACCUCUACCUCUCCCAGCUCAUCAUCCUGGACACCCUGGAUAAGUGCCUGGCUGGGCAAUCCAAGGACUGCUUGCGUCUGGAUGAGACCAUGCUGGUCAAACAGCUGCUGCCGGAGAUCUGCCAUUUCAUCCAUACGUACCGCGAGGGCCACCAGCACGCCGCUGAGCUCCGGGCCUCAGCUUCAGCCGUCCUCUUCUCUCUGAGCUGCAACAACUUCAACGCCGUCUUCAGCCGCAUCUCCACCAGGCUACAGGAGCUGACGGUGUGCUCCGAGGACAAUGUGGAUGUUCACGACAUAGAGCUGAUGCAGUACAUCAAUGUGGACUGCUCCAAGCUGAAGAGGCUGCUACAAGAAACUGUGUUGAAGUUUCGAGCUCUCAAGAAGCCUGCCCAGCUAGCAGUCAUCAACAGUUUAGAGAAGGCGUUUUGGAACUGGGUGGAGAAUUACCCCGAUGAGUUCACCAUGCUUUACCAGCGACCACAGGCAGAUAUGGCAGAAGCUGCAGAGAAGUUGUUUGACCUGGUGGACAACUUUGCAGAGAGCGCUAAGAGGAAGGCAGCUGUGUGGCCUCUGCAAAUCAUCCUCCUCAUCCUCUGUCCAGAGAUCACACAUACCAUCUCCAAAGACACCGUGGAAGACAGCAAGGCCAACAAGAAACUGUUUUUGGACAGUUUGCGGAAAGCUUUAGCAGGCCAGGGUGGCAGCAAGCAGCUGAUGGAGAGCGCUGCCAUCGCCUGUGUCAAACUGUGUAAAGCCUCCACCUACAUCAACUGGGAGGAUCACUCCACCAUUUUCCUCCUGGUCCAGUCCAUCGUCCUGGAUCUCAAGGCUCUGCUGUUCAACCCAUCCAAACCCUUCUGGAGGGGGACAGGCAGCCAGAAUGCUGACGUGGAGCUCAUGAUGGACUGCUUCGUGUCCUGUUUCCGCAUCAAUCCUCACAACAACCAGCACUUUAAGGUCUGUUUGGCCUCCUCCGCCCCCUCCACCUUUCACUUUGUCCUGGUCAACUCGUUGCACAGAAUCAUCACCAAUUCCCAUCUGGACUGGUGGCCUAAGAUCGAUGCAGUGUACUGCUACUCUGGAGAGCUCCGCUUUAUGUUCUCUGACACCCUCACCAGAGUGAUCCAAGGCGCCGGCACCCACGCUCCACUACGCAUGACGCCGAGUCUGACAUUCAAAGGGAAGAUGACCACCAGCCUUAAGUUCAAAGAGAAAGCCACAGAACUGGACACUCGAAGUUACAAGUGCCUCCUUCUCGCUUUGGUCAAACUCAUCCACGCUGACCCCAAACUCAUGUUGCAUGACCCAGUGAAGCAAGCUCCAGAGAUGCAAAGCAGCACAGCAGAGCUCAUCACCGGCCUGGUGCAGCUAGUGCCUCUAACUAACACCACCCAGCUCUCACAAGAAGCCAUGGAGGCUCUGUUAGUUCUGCACCAGCCAGAGACCAUAGACCUGUGGAAUCCCGAUGCCCCCAUAGAGACGUUUUGGGACAUCAGUUCCCAGGUGCUCUUCCUUAUCUGCCGCAAACUGAUUGGCCAGCAGCUGGUCAAUGGGACAGAAGUUCUCAAAUGGCUGAGGGAGAUCCUCAUCUGCAGAAACAAGUUUCUGCUCAAGAACAAGGAGUGUGCCACUAUGGGCGGUGGUAUACCCAUCUGCCGGCAGGCGCAGACAAAGCUGGAGGUGAGUCUCUACAUGUUCCUGUGGAGUCCGGACACCGAGGCGGUGCUGGUGGCCAUGUCGUGUUUCCGCCACCUCUGUGAGGAGGCUGACAUCCGCAGCGCUGCAGACGAGGUGCCCGUCCAGAACAUCCUGCCCAACUACCCCACCUUCAGUGAACUGGCCUCCGUCAGCAACAUGAUGGGAACAGGCCGGUCCACCUUGCAGAAGAGGGUGAUGGCCUUGCUAAGGAGGGUAGAGCACCCUACACCAGGAAACAUUGAGGGUUGGGAGGACACAUAUGCUAAAUGGGACCACGUCACCAAACAGAUUCUCAACUUUCCUAAGAACAAGGCAGAUGAUGGCCAGCAGGAGUGGAUCAACAUGACCGGCUUCCUGUGUGCUCUGGGCGGUGUAUGUCUCCAGCAGCGCAGCACCCCCGGCCCAGCCACCUACAGCCCACCUAUGGGCCCCAUGAGCGAGCGCAAACACUCCAUGAUCUCCAUGGGCCCCUGCGACAUGUCCAACCCCGUGGCCUCCGUCUCCUCCUGCUCCUCAUUGGCAUCCAACGAGACGCCCGUCGGCCGCUUCCUGGACCGGCUGCUGGCCCUGCUGGUGUGUGGCCACGACAGAGUCGGCCUCCACGUUCGCACAAACGUGAAAGACCUCCUGGGGCUGGAGCUCAGCCCCGCCCUCUACCCCAUGCUCUUCAACAAACUGAGGAACAGCAUCGGCAAGUUCUUUGACACACAGGGACCGGUUCCGAUCAAUGACACUAACACCCAGUUUGUGGAGCAGACCAUAGCCAUCAUGAAAAACCUGCUAGAUAACCACACGGAGGGCAGCUCUGAACACCUGGGAAUGGCCAGCAUCGAGACCAUGAUGCUCAACCUGGUCAGGUAUGUGCGCAUCCUGGGCAACGCGGUCCAUGCGAUCCAGAUCAAAACCAAGCUGUGCCAGCUGGUGGAGGUGAUGAUGGAGAGACGAGAUGACCUCUCCUUCUGCCAGGAGAUGAAAUUCAGGAACAAGAUGGUGGAGUACCUGACCGACUGGGUGAUGGGAACCUCCAACCAAGCUGCUGAUGACGACAUCAAGUGUCUGACAAGGGACCUGGACCAGGCCAGUAUGGAGGCAGUAGUGUCUCUGUUAGCUGGUCUUCCCCUUCAGCCGGAGGAGGGAGACGGAGUAGAACUGAUGGAGGCCAAAUCUCAGCUCUUCCUCAAGUACUUCACCCUGUUCAUGAACCUGCUGAAUGACUGCAGCGAGGUGGAGGAUGAGGGCCAGGCAGUGGGGGGGCGAAAGAGAGGAAUGUCCCGCCGCCUGGCCUCUCUCCGCCACUGCACCGUCCUGGCCAUGUCCAACCUGCUCAACGCCAACGUGGACAGCGGCCUCAUGCACUCCAUCGGUCUGGGCUACCACAAGGACCUGCAGACUCGAGCCACCUUCAUGGAAGUGCUGACCAAGAUCCUGCAGCAGGGAACGGAGUUCGACACGCUGGCGGAGACGGUUCUGGCUGACCGCUUUGAGAGGCUAGUGGAGCUGGUCACCAUGAUGGGAGACCAGGGAGAGCUGCCCAUUGCCAUGGCACUGGCUAAUGUGGUUCCUGGGUCCCAGUGGGAUGAGCUAGCCCGAGUCCUGGUGACGCUGUUUGACUCCCGCCACCUCCUCUACCAGCUGCUGUGGAACAUGUUCUCUAAAGAGGUGGAGCUGGCUGACUCCAUGCAGACUCUCUUCAGAGGAAACAGCCUGGCCAGCAAAAUAAUGACCUUCUGUUUCAAGGUAUAUGGGGCAGCGUACCUGCAGAAGCUACUGGAGCCUUUAUUAAGAGGGGUCAUCACAACCCCUGAACACAUCAGCUUUGAGGUGGACCCCACCAGGCUGGAACAAGGUGAGAACCUGGAGGAGAACCAGAGGAACCUGCUGCAGAUCACUGAGCGCUUCUUCCAGGCCAUCAUCGGUUCAUCCAACGAGUUCCCCCCACAGCUCCGCAGUGUUUGCCACUGUCUUUACCAGGCUACUUGCCACUCUCUACUGAAUAAAGCAACAGUAAAAGAAAAAAAGGAAAACAAAAAAGCAGUGGUGAGUCAGCGUUUCCCACAGAACAGCAUCGGUGCGGUGGGCAGCGCCAUGUUUCUGCGUUUUGUCAACCCAGCUAUUGUGUCUCCCUAUGAGGCCGGCAUCUUGGAAAAGAAGCCCCUACCCAGGAUAGAACGGGGUCUCAAACUCAUGUCCAAGAUUCUGCAGAGCAUUGCAAACCAUGUCUUGUUUACAAAAGAAGAGCACAUGAGGCCUUUUAAUGACUUUGUUAAGAGCAACUUUGAUUCAGCCAGAAGGUUUUUCUUGGACAUAGCGUCUGACUCUCCACCCAGCGACUCGGUCAACCACAGUCUGUCCUUCAUCAGCGACGGUAAUGUGCUAGCCCUCCACCGUCUGCUGUGGAACAACCAGGAGAGGAUCGGCCAGUACCUCUCCAGCAACAGGGACCACAAGGCCGUCGGGAGGCGACCUUUUGACAAGAUGGCCACCCUGCUGGCCUACCUGGGACCUCCUGAACACAAACCUGUGGCUGACACUCACUGGUCCAGUCUCAACCUGACCAGCUCCAAGUUUGAGGAGUUCAUGACCAGGCACCAGGUCCAUGAGAAGGAGGAGUUCAAAGCCUUAAAGACCCUCAACAUCUUCUACCAGGCAGGAACCUCCAAGACCGGCAACCCAGUGUUCUACUACGUGGCCCGCAGGUUCAAAACCGGCCAGAUCAAUGGUGACCUACUCAUCUACCAUGUCCUCCUCACUCUCAAACCCUACUACGCUAAGCCCUACGAGAUAGUUGUGGACUUGACACAUGUAGGACCCAGCAAUCGCUUCAAGACCGACUUCCUGUCCAAGUGGUUUGUGGUCUUUCCUGGCUUUGCCUAUGAAAAUGUAGCAGCCGUCUUUGUCUACAACUGCAACACCUGGGUGAGGGAGUACACCAAGUACCACGAGCGGCUACUGACGGGCUUGAAGGGCAGCAAGCGGCUCCAGUUCAUCGACUCGCCGGCUAAGCUGGCCGAGCACAUCGAACCCGACCAACAGAAGCUACCUGCAGCCACACUGACCCUGGAGGAAGAUCUUAAAGUGUUCCAUAAUGCCCUCAAGCUGGCCCAUAAAGACACCAAGGUCUCAAUAAAGGUGGGCUCGACUGCGGUUCAGGUGACCUCAGCCGAGCGGACGCGUGUCCUCGGCCAGCCCGUCUUCCUCAACGACGUCUACUACGCCUCAGAGAUCGAGGAGAUUUGCUUGGUGGAUGAGAGCCAGUUCACCCUCACCAUGGCCAACCAGGGCACGCCGCUCACAUUCAUGCACCAGGAGUGCGACGCCAUUGUCCAGUCCAUCAUCCACAUCCGAACACGCUGGGAGCUGUCGCAGCCCGACUCCAUCCCACAGCACACCAAAAUUCGACCAAAAGACGUUCCCGGCACUCUGCUCAACAUCGCUCUGCUGAACCUUGGCAGUUCUGACCCCAGCCUCAGGUCUGCGGCUUACAAUCUAUUGUGUGCUCUGACCUGCACCUUCAACCUAAAGAUAGAGGGCCAGCUGCUGGAGACGUCAGGCCUCUGCAUCCCAGCUAACAACACCCUCUUCAUAGUCUCCAUCAGCAAGACUCUGGCUGCCAACGAGCCACAUCUGACACUGGAGUUUCUGGAGGAGUGCAUUUCAGGCUUCAGCAAGUCCAGUAUUGAGCUGAAGCAUCUGUGCUUGGAGUACAUGACACCGUGGCUGCUAAACCUGGUUCGCUUCUGUAAGCACAACGAUGACGCCAAGCGCCAGCGCGUCACCGCCAUAUUGGACAAACUCAUCACCAUGACGAUCAACGAAAAGCAGAUGUAUCCCUCCAUCCAGGCCAAGAUCUGGGGCAGCCUGGGCCAGAUAACCGACCUGCUGGAUGUGGUGUUGGACAGCUUUAUCAAGACCAGUGCCACGGGAGGCCUGGGCUCCAUCAAAGCAGAGGUCAUGGCUGAUACUGCAGUGGCUCUGGCUUCAGGGAAUGUCAAACUGGUCUCCAGCAAGGUUAUUGGUCGCAUGUGUAAGAUCAUAGACAAGACGUGCCUGUCGCCAACGCCCACACUGGAGCAGCACCUGAUGUGGGACGACAUAGCCAUCUUGGCACGCUACAUGCUCAUGCUGUCCUUCAACAAUUCCCUGGAUGUCGCAGCCCACCUGCCCUACCUGUUCCACGUGGUGACCCUGCUGGUAGCCACCGGGCCGCUGUCCCUUAGGGCCUCCACCCACGGUUUGGUCAUCAACAUCAUCCACUCCCUCUGCACCUGCUCGCAGCUCAACUUCAGUGAGGAGACAAAGCAGGUUCUGAGGCUGAGCCUGACGGAGUUCUCCCUGCCCAAGUUCUACCUGCUGUUCGGCAUCAGCAAAGUCAAGUCAGCUGCCGUCAUCGCCUUCCGCUCCAGCUACAGAGACCGCUCCUUCUCACCAGGCUCCUACGAGAGGGAGACGUUUGCCCUGUCCUCCCUGGAGACCGUCACCGAGGCCUUACUGGAGAUCAUGGAGGCUUGUAUGAGGGACAUCCCAGCCUGCAAGUGGUUGGACCAGUGGACAGAGCUCGCAAAGAAGUUUGCAUUCCAGUACAACCCGUCUCUCCAGCCCAGAGCGCUGGUGGUGUUCGGCUGCAUUAGUAAGAGGGUGAGCCACGGCCAGAUCAAGCAGAUCAUCCUAAUCCUCAGCAAGGCCAGCCCACUGCUCAGCAUAGACCGGGGUCUGGAGAGCUGUCUGAAGGGGCCGGACAAUUACAACAGCCAAGUGUUGAUAGAGGCCACAGUCAUUGCUCUGACCAAGCUGCAGCCGCUACUCAGCAAGGAGUCUCCCAUGCACAAAGCUCUGUUCUGGGUGGCUGUAGCUGUGCUGCAGCUGGAUGAAGUCAACCUGUACUCUGCUGGAACCGCCCUGAUGGAGCAGAACCUCCACACUCUGGACACAAUGCGCGUCUUCAAUGACAAGAGUCCAGAAGAAGUAUUCAUGGAGAUCAGACGUCCUUUAGAAUGGCACUGUAAGCAGAUGGAUCACUUUGUGGGCCUCAACUUUAGUGCCAACUUCAACUUUGCACUGGUGGGCCACCUACUCAAAGGCUACAGACACCCAUCAGCCACCACAGUAGCAAGGACGGUGAGAAUCCUACACACACUUCUGGCUCUCAUCAGCAAACAUCUGAAAUGUGACAAGUUCGAGGUCAACACCCAGAGUGUGGCCUAUCUAGCUGCGCUGCUCACCGUAUCUGAGGAGGUCCGAAGUCGCUGCAGCCUCAAACACAGGAAGUCACUACUGAUUUCUGACCUCUCCAUGGACCCAGUACCCAUGGACACAUACUCCAGUCACAUCACUGAUCCCAGCUGCAGAACUCUGCGAGAGACUCAGCCGUGGACGUCCCCUCAGGUUUCAGAGCGCUACCUUUCAGCCCAUCACUACCCCAUAAUCGGUCAGAUCAGCCCACGAACUCGCAAGUCCAUGAGCCUGGACAUGGGUCAGCCCUCACAGGCCAACACCAAGAAGCUGUUGGGCACCAGGAAGAGCUUCGAUCACCUCAUAUCGGACUCUAAAGCACCAAAGAGACCAGAGAUGGAGUCGGGUAUGACCACCCCUCCCAAGAUGAGGCGUGUAGCAGAGAAUGACUACGAGAUAGAGACGCAAAGAAUUGGAAACUCUCACCUUCGCAAGGUGUCUGUAUCAGAGUCCAACGUUCUGCUGGACGAGGAGGUGCUGACCGACCCAAAGAUCCAGGCUCUGCUGCUCACUGUGCUGGCCACCCAGGUCAAAUACACCACUGAUGACUUUGACCAGCGGAUUCUGUACGAGUACCUGGCUGAGGCUAGCGUUGUCUUCCCAAAGGUUUUUCCAGUUGUCCACAACCUGCUGGACUCCAAGAUCAACACUGUGCUGUCCAUGUGCCAGGACACCAACCUCCUGAAUCCUGUCCACGGCAUCGUCCAGAGUGUGGUGUACCAUGAGGAGUCGCCUCCGCAGUACCAGCCCUCCUAUUUACAAAGCUUUGGCUUUAAUGGACUCUGGAGGUUUGCCGGACCCUUCUCUAAGCAAACCCAGAUACCGGACUAUGCCGAGCUGAUAGUCAAGUUCCUGGAGGCGUUGAUUGACAGCUACCUGCCGACGGCUGAAGAGGAGCGAGGGGAGGAGCAGCUGAGGACGCCCACCUCGCCCUACCCCCCCACCAGCCAGAGCCAGCUCAGCAUCACUGCCAACCUCAACCUGUCCAACUCCAUGACCUCACUGGCCACCUCGCAGCACUCACCAGGUGUGGACAAGGAGAACGUCCAGCUGUCCCCCAGCUCUGCUCUGUCCAGCGGGGGUCGCACUCGCCAUGGUUCAGCCAGUCAGGUCCAGAAGCAGCGCAGCGCCGGCAGCUUCAAGAGACCCAGCAUCAAGAAGAUCGUGUGAUCAGCCAGAGAACAGCCCCACCUUCCUCCUCCUCCUCUUCCUCCUCCUCCAACUCUCCGCCCCCCCAGCCUGCCAGACCUCAUGCUGCACUCCACUUUCUACUCUUUUUAUUUCCUCCUCCUCCUCCUCCUCCUCCUCCUCCUUCAUGGUUGUUGCUCUGGCAGGACGAGUGAUUUUCUGUUUCGCAUCGAGGAGGAAUAUUAGCGAGGGCAAACUUGAAUUUAGUGCUGCUUGAGAUUUCUUUUCAAAUCUUUCAUUUGAGACAGCCGCGUGGUGGUGGAGGAGAAGCUCCCGGAUGUUUAAGCUCUUCUUCGCAGAUGUUCAGCAGCAGCGACGGAGGGUCACACAUGUGUAACUAUUGGGGAAAGACAUCCCUCUGAGCCUUGAUGGCAGUAGAGUCCCAACACCAAGGUCUAGUUUGGACACGUCCCAGACGGUUCACACAGGGAGGAACCAUAAACUGAAGUUUGAUCCGCAACACGUCCCGUUGGCCUUCCUUGUGACUAAACACUCCUGUGUCAGUGAGAUGGACCAAAUGACAGCUGCAGUGGGGGAGGGGGGGAGGAUUCUGAGAGACAGGACCUGCACUCUGGACCUGCUCGGACAUCUCAGCUCACCUCUCCCAGUCCUGUACAUAUUUUAUAUAGACAGAUUAUGUAUAACUAGUCCUUAGUGCUAAUUUAGAUGUUGACGUUUUCUCCAUGGUGUGCCUUUGUCAGGGUUUUUCAAUGUGUACAAUUUGUAAAGUAAAAAGUCAAACCUUGCUGGGGACAAAGAACAGGUACUAAUUAUGGAGGCGAGCCGUCCAUAUCACCACAAGUUCACUCGAGCUGCGUCAUGACGGGCCUCUAAUGAUCGUCAAAUAUACAAUCAUCCAUAUACCCUGUUGCCUGAAAGUAUUUAUCCUGUACAGCUAGAUAGUGCUACACAAAUCUUUCUUUUCAAACUCUUUCCAAAAAAAUCUUCUUUUCAAACACUUUCAAUGUAUCAACAGGAAGAUUGCAAAACACUAGGGGAAAUGUAACCGUUGUAAAUAGCGCCAAGCUUUUUUCUCUUUGUUUGUUUUUUUUGUGUGUUUGGCUUUUAUUUCGCUGUUUAAUGUCACUUAUUUUUUAGUAUGAACUGUGUUUUCAGCAGCAUAGCAUUUUAAUUUGUUUACACAGUGACAAGGAAAAAAUUGCGUAAUAGGCAAUAACUCUCAAACUCCUUCGUCAACCACCCAUUUAAUUUGUACAGCGAACAGGGAGAAACACAUCUCUACGUACAGCUCGGUGCAAUAUGAUGCCAACUCCUGAGUUGCCUGUUAAACAUGGAGAUUUAGCUCUCAUUGAUUACCUCCAAUGACCAUUUUAAAGAGAAGAGGCAGUGGACAGUGUGACGUAUGAUCCCAUCACACACACACACACACCUUCAUUUGUUUCACCUCAACAAUCUGAGCUGGACCCAGGACCAUCACAGGUUUGUCCUGUGGGGCUCCUGAAGGAAAAAUCCACCCUACAAGAGGACACGCUGUGUGUCACAAACAUUCUUUUAUGCAGAGUAAAACACACUAAACACUAAAAUGUUUUAUUAUUUAACAGCAUAGGCCCAUUUCAUCCCUUCCUGCUCAAUGCUGUGAGGGGUUAAAAGGGGUCACAGCAUCAAGACACUGAGACGUACUUAAAAGCUCUGGAAAAAGCUAGCAAGUGAACCUCGUCUUUACUAACUACUCUUUCCAGUUACACAUAAACGUUAACUUAAAAUAAACCAAACUUCUCCAAAGCGUUGCUGUUUGACGUCGUCUGAACACAGUCGGCCUUAAAUAAAGUUUUCUGAUCAGAAAAUAUAGGAUUAAAUUAAGAAUAUUAAGAAUGUGACCUGGUGCCAGCUGUCAGUAGUUGAUCUUUAGGCCCAUACUCUGCUCUACUGUUUGGUGGAUUCUCUUAUUCCAACACAGCUCAGUGUCUGGUUGAGGGUUUUCCAGCAUUUCUACAAUGUGGUGCUAUAACGGGAGUAUUUCACAGAUGUAAACAUCUGGUUUUGGUUUCACUCCCUUGAAAUCAAGCAGUGAUUCCAGAGGUCAUCAUUACAGGACGCAGGUCAACGCACCAGAUUCCUCAGUGUGAGAUGGUGGAUUUUUCCUUUUAAGAGCUUUAGUAAUAAUAAUUCAGGUUAUUGCUGCAGAGCCCAACUGUGUGAUUUUAACCCUCUGUACCCUUAGAACACAUCUGGGAGCAGCACAUCCUCUGCAUUACAAAACCAUCUUCGAAGAAUGCUCUUCAAGGAUUUUUAUUUCAACUCAUUUACUACAUAUUACAUCAACUAGACAUUAACUGCUGAAUGUCUUCUAACUAAAGCAUGCCGUAGCGGAGUGUUUCUAACCUUCCAGGCAACUGCUGGUUUCCUUUUUACUUCACAAUGUUUCAAAACAAUCAACUCUCAGAGAGUUGAAACUUGCCUGAGGUAGCUAAUCCAUCAAAGUGAACAUCUGUCUGUUGUCAGUGUUUACUUCUAGUAGCUUGUGUUAACACAGAAGAACCCAACACAUACUGUACACAUCUGCAUUGCUGACUCAUCUCGGCCCAUCUUCACAGGUCUGUCACUAUCUGUGUCAGUAGAGAAAUGUCAAUGAUGUGCUUGAGAUCAUUUAGAAACCGUGUCUCCGUCACACCGGAGAGCACUGACCAGUUUAUUUUACACUGUAAAAUGUUUCUCUCACUACAUGUGUUCAAUCGGUAUUGGUCUUACAAAUCCAGUGUUAAGAGUUUAAUCUGCAUUACCGUGCCACAAUAACAGCAGUCGUGAUGGUCGUUGUGAAUGGGGAACCAAUGGCUGCCUGAUGGGUAGAAAGGCCCACUGACAAGAUCUAAAACACAAUGGUUUAGUAGUAAAAUGGGUUUAAACAUACAGACGCUCUGGCCUGGGCCUGUAAAAAACAGCUAUGUGACAGCAGCUGUGCACACGCUGCCGUAGUUGGAGCAGGUGUCGAUCAGUGCUCGGCGCUAACAGCCUCCGUCCACGGCGCUGCAGGGUGGGCUCGUCAAAACGCUUCUAUCCUGCCUUAACAUCUAUGCAUGGCAAGAGUUGAGUGUUGUUGUACAACUCCAAGUGUUCAUGUUACCUUAUGGAUCCAUUUGUGAAUCAGUUCACUACUGAUUGUUUCUCUUGUAUUGUAGUCGUCUGAGGGGGGAUGUGUUAUGUUCUUCUGUCCAUGCAGCUCAACAUAUGAUCGUUAGGUUAAUUCCAUGGAAAGGGACAUUUUUCAUUAGAGACAGCCUUAAAAACAGUAUUUUGUAAUUCAACCUCAAAGAAUGACAUAAAGGGAAGACUGAAAGUAGCGAUUAAGAACUGAAGUCCAGUUUCAGCCGACGAAUGGCUCCAUCAGAAACGUGACUUUUCUCGUAGCCCUCCCAUCACUGACAGUUUGGCUCAUAUGAAGGAAUCUGGACCCUUGAGUUAGUUCCUACGAGGUAUCGUCUGAACACAUCUGAAGGCAAAAGUGUGAUACUCGUUCUGAAAAGGUUGAACAGUGUGUCCGUCAUAGAGAGGCAAUAACAGCAGACACUUUCCAACAGUCUGCUCUGCGGCGUUCACGGUGGCGUUCUCACACAGUUAGAGGGAAGUCCUGCCUACUUUCACACCUCCAUGACCCGGGCCAAUCGCUGCGUGAAGUGCACGUGAUUGUCUCUUUCAGACGCUGUUUAGACGGUCCAACAAGCACUUGGCUCGAAGCAUUCUUAUCUCAUGCUAUUGAACAAAAAAAUGAAAUGUGUCAAAAACUUUUAUGUCAGGUUUUCCCAAACUACCUUUUUAAGUUUGAUUGCAAAAGAGCUGGAGCACACUAAACUGGCUGAUGUGUUAUGUAGUGAAACAUGUAAAUAGGCCUAACCCCAGUCCAGAGUCAAGCAUGGACAUUAAGUGACACGGGAUGUUUGGAGCAGUGAUGUAUCGGUACAGAGCGGCUAUGAAGGUCCAGGUUAGGGUUAGGGUUGGGUUAGGAUUUUAGGAUCUAACAUCAGGGCCGCUGAAACUGUAAAAGGUACAUAUUUAUUCAGAUUUCAGUGUCCGACUCCAUAGAAACGUCUCAUGUUAUAACUCACUCCAUCAUCUCUACUCACCACUUCACCGUCUAACUCUUCUCAAAGCUACAUUCUCUGAUCUCUGUCUAAAACAAGAAUCAUCGACUGUACCUUUAACAAGACACAACCAGGAAAGAUCUGAAGGCAAGGUUUAUUCGAGUACCGUGUUAGCAGAUUGCCAUCGUUUCCAGGUUUUAGUUUGACUUGUGUGUGAAUGGAAAUAUUAAGGAUUAUGUAUCCAUAACCUCUUAAACAAGUGGUUGACUUGCACUAAUUUAAAAAACAGUCAUGGGUUUGUAAAGAUGAAAAACCUCAAAAUGUGGCAUGUUUUAUUUGAUGUUAUGCAAAAUCUAAUGUCUGUAGAGUAAUAGUCUGAGUUUUGUUUUAUUGCAGUAUGUGUGAUAAUUGUAAAUACUUUGUGUACAAUUUGAGAUGGUAUAUUUACUACACUGUACAUACAUGUGAUAUUGUAUCAUUUUGUUUUUGUAAAGCAGUUAGUUUCUGUAUAAUAAUAUACAAAUUGAACUAUUCCAGUGUUAGUAAUAAAAUGUUUUGCUCUCCA